AUGAAGCGCCGUGUAGCCAUCAAGCGCGGCACGACCGCGCAGCCGCCGCACAAGAAGCGCGCGCUGGGAGACGACGCGUUCGACUGGUCUGGCAGCGGCAAGGGCGACUCGAACGACGUGAUCGCGUCCGACAGCGAGGCCAGCGACCAGGCGAGCGAGGCCGCGAGCGACGAGGAGGACGAGGAGCUGAAGGAGACGGCCCAGGAGAAGCGUCUGCGGCUGGCCAAGGAGUACCUGGGCAAGAUCACGGCGCAGGAGGCCGGCGGCACCGACGCUGAAGAGGACGACGAGGACGGCGUCGAGGCGUGCGUGGGCGCGCGCCUGCAGCAGGACGCGCUGGAGGCCAUGGGCAAGCUCUUCAAGCAGGUGGCGGCGUCCUACGCCGACUUCGAGUUCGACGCGGACUCGACCAAGUUCCUCAAGGGCCACCGCCUGCCCGUGACCAGUCUGUGCCUGCUGGAGGACGGCAAGACGGCCUUCUCGGCCGCUAAGGACGGCUCGCUGCUGCGCUGGGACCUGGCGGAGCAGAAGAAGACCAAGCUCUCGCUGCCCGCGGACGACGUGGCCGCCGACAAGUGCAAGACGGACAAGGACCGCUGCAUCCUGGCGCUCGCCGCCAGCUCGGACGGCAAGUUCCUGGCCAGCGGCGGCCGCGACAAGCUCGUGCGCGUCUGGGACGUGGAGAAGGGCGAGCUGCAGGAGAGCUUCGCCGGCCACCGCGACGCCGUGUCGGCGCUCGCGUUCCGCCUGCGUUCGCACUCGCUCUUCUCGGGCUCGUUCGACCGCUCCAUCAAGCACUGGAACCUCACGGAGAUGGGCUACGUCGAGACGCUCUUCGGCCACCAGAGCGAGGUGAACGGCCUCGACAGUCUGUACAAGGAGCGCGUGGUGAGCUGCGGCCGCGACCGCAGCGUGCGCAUGUGGAAGAUCCCCGAGGAGACGCAGCUCGUGUUCUACGGCAACUCGGGCUCCAUGGACUGCGUCAAGAUGGUCACGGACGAGUACUACGUCACGGGUGGAGAUGACGGCUCGCUCUCGCUCUGGUUCAACGGACGCAAGAAGCCCGUGUGCGUCAUCCCGAACGCGCACGACGGCAAGUGGAUCAGCAGCGUGGCGGUCAUGCCGCGCACGGACCUCAUCGCCUCUGGAUCGAGCGACGGUCAGAUCCGGUUGUGGCAGGCCGACCUGCAGGCGCGUACUCUGACCGCGGUGACGUCGAUCCCGCUGGAAGGUUUCGUGAACGGGCUGUGCUUCGACUCCAAGGCUCGUUUCUUGCUUGCAGGUGUAGGCCAGGAGCACCGUCUCGGCCGAUGGGAGAAGCUCAAGGUCAAGAACGGCAUUGCGAUCAUCGCUCUGCCCAGCAUAUAUGCCGCGCAGGAGGAGGGCGACGAUGAAGAGGAAGAGGAGGACGAGAGCGACGACGAGUCUUAG